AUGGGCAGGGUCUAUAUCGUGAUGGACAAGCCAGACAAGGCCAUCGAGGCUGUGGAUCAAGCGCGAGAGAUUGCUGACAGCCUGGGAGAUAAGCGAUGGAGCGCGAAGCUCCUCUUUGGAGUGGCACAGGCACACAUGAAGGCCAAGGACACCAAUGAGGCGAUCGAGACAUUGGACAAGACCAUUGGACUAGCUCAGGCAGCUGGUGAUAUGCAGGAGACCUCACGAUUGCAGCAGAACCUGAUUGAUGCACUGCUCUUUCGACAGAGGAACCCAAAAGCAGCUCUUCGAGUGGCAAAGGAAGCCCGGACGAUGGCUCAAAAGAAUGGAGACAAGCGCGCGGAAGCAAUGGCCCUUCUGCGAGAAGGAAUGGCGCAGGGAUCCAUGGGCAAGAAAGAUGAAGCGCUACAGCUGGCGAAACAGGCCCAGGAGUUGUUUCAAGAAUCCUAUUGGCCCCGUGGUGAGGCUCAAUGCCUUCACUUCAUGGCUGAUUUACGCGCUCAAUCGGGUGACCUCGAUGCAGCGCUGGAAUGUGCCGAAGAACGACUGGCCGUGCUGCGGGGAAUCCACGACCUCUCCAUGGAGGCCAAUGCGAUGCUCCAACUGGCGCAGUUGCACAUGAAGGACGACAACUUUGAAGAGGCCGAGCGCCUGGCGCAGGCCUCUGCGACCUUGGGAAAGAAGGACCGAAAUCCCAGGGUGCAAGUUGAUGCCUUGCUCCUGUUCACUCAGCUGAACAACACCAAAGUGCUGGACAAGCCAGAGGACAAAGCCAUGAAGCCGAUUAUUGACCGGGCGGUGAGAACAGUGAAUGAGGCUUUGCAGGUUGCUGGUAAAGCUGAAAACCGAUCAUUGCGAGCAUUGGUCCUGUUCAAACGGGCUGAGACAAUGGUUCUUGCUGGCAGGCAUCAGACUGGCUUGAGGGAUGUGAAAGAGUCAGCUGCAAUCUUUGAGGAGAUGGAUCACUACCAAGCUUUGGGCCGCUGCAUGCUGCUUUCUGGCAACAUCAAACAUGCUUUAGGUCAGGUUGAAGAGGGUGAAGCCGAUGUCGAGAGGGCGGACAUGAUCGCCAAGGACAUUGGUGACCAUCAACUCGCGGACGAGGUAUUGAACUUCCGCAAAGCCCUCGACGAGAAGAAGAAAGAACAGGAACGGGCGGCUCAAGUGCAGAUCGAGCAGCCCCAGCUGAUGGCACCAGUUCCGGGAGCUGCUCCAACUGCUGCGCCAGUGGUGGAGUCGGUGGCUGCGGUGCCGGAAGCAGAAGGAUCUUUAAUUGCAACUUGUUGGCUUUUCCCAGCUUGCAGCACACCCCUUUGCAAGGGCUUGGAUCCCGCCUACGUGCGCAAAUCGCUAGCUGCCAUGGUCAAGGAUGCCAUUGCCAGUGACGAAGAGCUGGAACUCGACAGUCCCUUCAUGGAUGCUGGUAUGGACAGUCUGUCCAGUGUCGCACUCAUGAGCAUGGUGGCGAAGGAGUUCCAGAUGGCCUUGAGCCCAUCAUUGGUUUUCGACUUCCCCACGCUGAGGGCAAUGGAGGAGCAUUUGCUGCUGUGGCUCAACUUCUGUCGCGUCCUGCGCGGAGUCAGCCAAGUCAUGGCGUUCUUUCGCAGCGUUCGCCGCUGCGCAGAGAAGGUGCCUGAUGUCUUCAUGCAGUUCGGCUUGGAGCAGCAGUUUCGAUUUGUCAGUCACCCUGGAAUCUUUGUCGUCUCCAAGCUCUUGGAAAUGAGGACUAUUUCAUACAUGCGCGCUUCAUUUACUCAGGAAAAUAUCGAGAAGAUGAAGUUGUUUGACCCUGAGCUUGCACGAAAAGCCCAGAUCGCUUAUGACAACAAGCUUCCUGUGAACUUUGAACAGCUGGAGCUGAUUGAGGACAUUUUGCCACGUUUGCUGGAGGAAAAGAAGCAGCUCGAGGCCGCCCGUGCUGAAGUGGCCAAGCUUCCUGUUGGCGGGCCUUAUGAGAUGCCGAAGAACUUGGAUGUCAGCGCCUGCCGCCCCGUUCCUGGUCAGAAGGAUAUUCAAGGAACUAUGCUCGAAUUGCGAGAGGCGAAGUUUCCAGGAAUGAUGGCACAGGUGAAUGAGGGUGUCAAGGAUUCCUUGGAGAAAGCCAAACUCCCAGGCAAAGCCAGCACCGCAAUUCCGGCCGCUAAGAAGUGAGUGCACCGCGAUGGGCACCCUGCGAAACUUUCGUAGCAAAGUGGCAUUGGUUUUGUGAGUGCUGUAUGGAUGACAACGGAUGACCCACGAUGACCCUCAGUCACAC